AACCUGUUCCGCUUCGGCAGCUCGAGCGACUUCUUCGCGCCCAUGAAGUACAGCGAGGAUGACCCGGCGGCUUCGGCCAACGGCGACAACAACAGCAGCAGCAACAAUAAUGCUGGCAACAAGGCGGGGAGCGGCGCUGCAGACGCAGGGAACAACAACGACGUGCUGCCGCCGCGCGCGCUCUCGCCCUCGAAUCAGGCGACCCACGCGCGAGGACACGAGCGCGAGGAAGGAGCCGCUGGCGGAGAUGACGGACGAGCUGGAGCUGGAGAUGUGGUCGGACGCACCAUUGACAUCAAGAUCCGCAAGCCGCGCCAGCCCAUGGAGAUGCUGCCGUCGCACAACAGUCGCCGCAAGAACAGCAUCGAGAUGUUCCUCUCGCAGUCGCCGAGCCAGGCGCUGGGCGGGGACUUCCUCAAGCUCAGCCUGGACGACCGCCAGAUGAGCCUCCAAGCGAAUGAGCGCGCUGCUAAUGGCAGCGUGUCGGUUAGUGGAAGUGCCGCGGGCAGUGUCAACUCGUACGCGUCGGGCCAGUUCCAGCUCAACCCGGUGCAGGAGUCUCCGAAUGAAUACGCGUCGCUGUCUGGCCGCUAUCGCCACCAGCAGCAGUCUUCCGCCGUCCAGCAACAACAGCAGCAGCAGGAGCGCUACCGUUCCGGUGGACGUGACACGCAGCAACAUCUGCCGACGUCGCUGUCUCUUUCGCGCUCGAACACGGUGCCAGGUACCAGCAGCACAGCGUCUGGUGCAUACAAUGGAGCGUACACCUUGAGUCCGCGGAUGUCGUCCGAAGACUCGUGGUCGGGCAGCCAGGACGGGGACAACAACGCCAUGUACCAGGAGCAAAUGCACGACUACUACGGCAAUAACCAAAUGGCGGCCUCGUACGAGCAGCAGUACCGUCAACAGCAGCAGCAGUAUCGGUCUCCGCAGACUGCUAACGGGUCGUACGGCUACGGUGGAGGUCAAGGUCGCGCGCAGAUGAACUCGGGCCAGUGGAACCCAAUGGUUGUGGGACCGCACCCUCCUACCGGCAUCAAGUGCAAGUUCGUGCACCAGGCCGGUGCUCCGUCCGCGGACCAUAUGGGCAGUGCUCACAACUCGAGCCGUCAAAAUGCUUCCAUGAUGUACCAGCAAAGCCGGAUGAUGAUGUCACCCCCUCCGUCGCACAUGAUGCAGCAGCAGCGCCAUCAAAUGGGCAGCGAUGAUCUCGGCCACCAGAUGAGUGGAGGGUUUGGAGGGCGUCAGCAGUCUCGGAUGGGAUACCGCUCGGAAAACUCGAGUGUGGGUGGGAUGAGCUUGGGCCUGAUGAACGGCGGUGGGAUGAGUGCGCCUAUGAUGGGCGGCGCUGCCAAUGACCCGUCCAGCUUGAGUGCUGCUCUGAGUGUGGAAGACAUCCAGAACCGUGUGUUCGCUAUGUCGAAGGACCAGAAUGGCUGUCGGCUGCUGCAAGAGCAACUUGACUACGAAGACCGCGCUGAUCUGUGUGAAGUGAUUUACCAGGAGUCGCUGGAGCACCUUGCUGAGAUGAUGGUGGACCCGUUCGGUAACUAUCUCUUCCAGAAGCUGCUGGAGCGUGUGAACGAGAAGCAACGGCUUGUGAUCAUCCGCCGUGUGAGCUCGAACCUUGUGGCUGCUGCGCUGAACUUGCACGGUACCCGAUCGGUGCAGAAGGUGGUGGAGGUUUGCGCGACAUCACCUGACGUUAUCGAGGAGGACUAUGACGACGACGACGGUGACGAGUAUGGCUAUGUGAAUGAUCGUGAGGAGCGCCCUGAGGGUGGCGAGCGUCGCCGAACGACGAGCCUGCCGGAUAUUAUUGUGGAGGCGCUGAAGGAUGACGCCGUGCGCCUGUGUAUUGACUCGAACGGCAACCACGUUAUCCAGCGUGCGCUGCAGUUUAUGAAGCCUGAGUACAACCAGUUUGUGUUCGAUGCUGUGUGUAAGGAGUGCACGACUGUUGGCACGCACCGCCACGGUUGCUGCGUGCUGCAACGUUGCCUGGACGCGGCCAACAAGGCGCAGAAGGCUGAGGUGAUUGAGCAAGUGGAGCGCCAGGCGAUGAAGCUGAUGCAGGAUCCGUACGGCAACUACGUUGUGCAGUAUGUGCUGGACUCGUGCACGGCUGAAGAGGCCUUCGGUGUCAUUAUGAAGCCGUUGGGCCACAUCUACGAGCUGUCGGUGCAGAAGUUUAGUUCGAAUGUGAUUGAGAAGUGUCUGGAGAAGGCCCCCGAGCGCGUGCGUCAAAAGUACAUUGCGGAGAUCACAAGCUGCCCCAAGAUGAACAAGAUGCUGCAGGACCAGUUCGCCAACUACGUGGUUCAGCGUGCGCUCUGCGUGUGUGCUGAGGAGCAGUGCCUGCUUCUCGUCAAGGCCAUUCGCCCGCACCUGGCCGCUAUGAAGAACACGUCUGGUGGUCGUCGCAUUACUGCUCGGAUUCUCAAGCGCUUCCCGAACAUGGACAUCAGCAUGGACAUGGGCAUGUCGCCGACUGCCGAUAAUUUGUUCGAUAAUGGCGCCAACGGGAUGAUGAUGGGCCACCUGCCGUCUUCUGCCAUGGGCGGUGCCAUGGGCGGCUACAUGCACCAGCAGCACCUGCAGUCGAACCAGAUGUACGGAAUGCAGGGCGGCGGUCACAUGGGCGCUUCUCAUCACUUCCAGGGUGGAGGCCGAGGCAACCGCAUGCAGCAGAUGAACGACGGCAGCAUGAUGAUGCUAAACGAUGUGGGCGGCAUGGGGAUGAACGCCACGAGUCGCGCAUAAGAGAGCGAGGGAGAGUCCAGCGGUGGUGGGAUGAAAAGUAUGAACCAGUGUUAGGGAAGGAGCGUGUGGUGUAUGAACGACGAAGCAGCGAGGAAGACCCGGUACAAACGAACGCUGGAGACGCGCAGCAGGUGUGAAGAAGGAUGGGUGACCUGCCACCAGC